AUGCCGCCCCCCGCCGACAUCGUCAAGGUGGCCAUCGAGUGGCCGGGCGCCUACCCCAAGCUCAUGGAGAUCGACCAGAAAAAACCGCUGUCUGCGAUAAUAAAGGAAGUCUGUGACGGGUGGUCCCUGGCCAACCACGAAUACUUCGCCCUGCAGCAUGCGGACAGCUCAAACUUCUACAUCACGGAGAAGAAUCGCAAUGAAAUAAAGAAUGGCACUAUCCUUCGAUUAACCACGUCUCCGGCCCAGAACGCCCAGCAGCUGCACGAGCGCAUCCAGUCGUCCAGCAUGGACUCCAAGCUAGAGGCGCUCAAGGACCUGGCCAGCCUCUCCCGGGACGUCACCUUCGCCCAGGAGUUCAUCAACCUGGACGGCAUCUUCCUGCUCACGCAGAUGGUGGAGAGCGGCACCGAACGAUACCAGAAGUUGCAGAAGAUCAUGAAGCCUUGCUUUGGAGACAUGCUGUCCUUCACGCUGACGGCCUUCGUGGAGCUGAUGGACCAUGGGAUCGUGUCCUGGGAUACGUUCUCGGUGGCGUUCAUCAAGAAGAUAGCCAGUUUCGUGAACAAGUCGGGCAUGGACACCUCCAUUCUGCAGCGGUCCUUGGCCAUCUUGGAGUCCAUGGUGCUCAACAGCCACGACCUCUACCAGAAGGUGGCGCAGGAGAUCACCAUCGGCCAGCUCAUCCCCCACCUGCAAGGCACAGACCAGGAGAUCCAGACCUACACCAUCGCCGUGAUCAACGCCCUGUUCCUGAAGGCGCCCGACGAGAGGAGGCAGGAGAUGGCCAACAUCCUGGCUCAGAAGCAGCUGCGCUCCAUCAUCCUCACGCACGUCAUCCGGGCCCAGCGGGCCAUCAACAACGAGAUGGCGCACCAGCUGUACGUGCUGCAGGUGCUGACCUUUAACCUCCUGGAGGACAGGAUGAUGACCAAGAUGGACCCCCAGGACCAGGCCCAGAGGGACAUCAUCUUUGAACUUCGAAGAAUCGCCUUUGAUGCGGAGCCGGAGCCCAACGCCAGCAGCGGCAGCAUGGAGAAGCGCAAGUCCAUGUACACGCGCGACUACAAGAAACUCGGCUUCAUCAAUCACGUCAACCCUGCCAUGGACUUCACCCAGACACCCCCGGGGAUGUUGGCCCUGGACAACAUGCUCUACUUUGCCAAACAACACCAGGACGCCUACAUCCGGAUUGUGCUGGAGAACAGCAGCCGAGAAGACAAGCACGAAUGUCCCUUCGGCCGCAGUAGCAUCGAGCUGACCAAGAUGCUGUGUGAGAUCCUCAAAGUGGGCGAGCUGCCCAGUGAGACCUGCAACGACUUCCACCCGAUGUUCUUCACCCACGACAGAUCCUUCGAGGAGUUCUUCUGCAUCUGCAUCCAGCUCCUCAACAAGACGUGGAAGGAGAUGAGGGCGACUUCUGAAGACUUCAACAAGGUAAUGCAGGUGGUGAAGGAGCAGGUGAUGAGAGCUCUUACAACCAAGCCUAGCUCCCUGGACCAGUUCAAGAGCAAACUGCAGAACCUGAGCUACACUGAGAUCCUGAAAAUCCGCCAGUCCGAGAGGAUGAACCAGGAGGACUUCCAGUCUCGCCCGAUUUUGGAGCUCAAGGAGAAGAUCCAGCCAGAAAUCUUGGAGCUGAUCAAGCAGCAGCGCCUGAACCGCCUGGUGGAAGGGACCUGCUUCCGGAAACUCAACUCCAGGCGGAGGCAAGACAAGUUCUGGUAUUGCCGGCUGUCCCCCAACCACAAGGUCCUGCACUACGGAGACCUGGAGGAGAGUCCCCAGGGGGAGGUGCCCCACGACUCCCUGCAGGACAAGCUGCCGGUGGCAGACAUCAAAGCGGUGGUGACAGGGAAGGACUGCCCUCAUAUGAAAGAGAAAGGUGCCCUUAAACAAAACAAGGAGGUGCUUGAACUCGCUUUCUCCAUCCUGUACGACUCCAACUGCCAACUGAACUUCAUCGCUCCUGACAAGCAUGAGUACUGCAUCUGGACAGACGGGCUGAACGCCCUGCUGGGGAAGGACAUGCUGAGCGACCUGACGCGGAACGACCUGGACACGCUGCUCAGCAUGGAGAUCAAGCUCCGCCUGCUGGACCUGGAGAACAUUCAGAUCCCCGACGCGCCCCCGCCUAUCCCCAAAGAGCCCAGCAACUAUGACUUUGUCUACGACUGCAACUGA